GUUGCAGUUGCUGACGUUUCGGGUGUCAUGUGACUCCGCCUCUCCGUUCCCAGGGUUCCGUGCGCGCACAUUGCCCCACCCCGUGUCUUCACCGCAAUCUGUCUCGCUGUACAAACCCACGGGAAGGAAAACAAUAAUACAGCCGAAGAAACAGCCUUUCAGAGCGGCUGGGAAAGCAAUAAAACACCGCCAGCCAGCCGAGGAGUCUCUGCGCAGCACACGCACACAAUACAUUAUACUGGGAGAGACAGAGCGCGACAUACAUGCACAUGUAUUUGAACCCCCAUCCACCGAGGGACUAGCGCAACCCUGAACUGGCACACAACGUCUACCUGCGGGAAAAGGGGGGGAAAAACAGACUUCCCAAAAAACCCAGGUACCGGGAAGAAUCCGAAAAAGAGGAGGGGACGCGGAAAACCUACAGAUGUGAGGAAAUAAAAUAAACGAAAGAAAAGAGAGAGAGAGAGAGAGAGAGACGAAGGGCCUUUCUGGAUUUGGGCAAAAACGAGCAGGCAAGCAACACCGGGGAGGAGGAGGAAGACUGCACAAAAAAUAUAUUAAAAAAUACAAUUAUUUGUGUGCGUGUGUGUCAGAAAUACUGUGUGGAGACGCAUGAAGCGGCUUUGCGUUUUUUUUUUACUGAAGAAAUAAACGUUUGCAAUGCUUAACAUGCCGUCGUUUUAGCGGAGAUUUUUAUUAAUUUAUUAUUUUUUGGUUUUUCUCCUCUCUCCCUCCCGGUGGAAGAAGAUAGAGAGAGAGAGAGAGAGAGGAAUUCGCCGUUGCUAGAGGGAUUUUUGUGAGGUAUUUUGUGAAAAAAUAAAAUACAAUUUUGAGAAAAACGAAGGAUUUCUCGGAAGGAAUUUAAUUGGCCUCUUUAACAGGAGAACGUCGUGUGGGAUUUGAAAAGGCAAAACUGUUUAUUUAAACGUUUUGAAAACAAAAGUACGACAUGUUUAUCAUUUAAAUAAUAAUAAUAAAUACAUAAAUAAUAAUAAUAACAAUAAUAAACACCGAAUAUAAGAAGAAAUGUCCGUGUGAAGAGGGGACUGCCCGGGCGGCGUCAUCGUACAGACUUCAGAUUGGAAUCGGGGUUUCAAAAAAAAAAAAAAAAAAUCUGUUUUAAAUAUUACCAGAAAAAAAAGAGACAUUGACUGGAUUUAAAAAAAAAAAAAAAAAAAAAAAAAGUCCCGUUUUUUUUUUUUUUUUAUAUGGUGUGAUUUGUUGUUGAAUUUAGAGAUUUUGUGUGAGUGUGUGUGUGUGUUUUCUCCGCCCUCACCCCUCCACGGUUUUUGGAAGAUGGGGUGUUUGGGGAACAGCAAGACGGAGGACCAGCGAAACGAAGAUAAAGCGCAGAGGGAAGCCAACAAAAAGAUAGAAAAACAGUUACAGAAAGAUAAGCAGAUCUACCGGGCCACGCACCGAUUGCUGCUUUUGGGAGCGGGCGAGUCUGGGAAGAGCACUAUAGUCAAACAGAUGAGGAUCCUGCACGUCAACGGAUUCAAUGCUGAAGAGAAAAAACAGAAAAUUCAGGACAUUAAAAAUAAUAUUAAAGAAGCUAUAGAGACGAUAGUGGCAGCAAUGAGCACGUUGGCACCGCCUGUCCAGUUAGCCAGUCCCGAGAACCAGUUUCGGAUCGAAUACAUCCUUAACCUAGUUAACCAGAAGGACUUUGAGUUCACUGCGGAGUUCUACGAACACACAAAGAUCCUUUGGCAGGAUGAAGGAGUAAAAGCCUGCUACGAGAGGUCUAAUGAAUACCAGUUGAUCGACUGUGCACAAUACUUUUUAGACAAGAUUGACAUCGUCAAACAGAGCGACUACUCGCCACCUGAUCAGGACCUUCUCCGAUGCAGAGUCUUGACAUCCGGGAUCUUUGAGACCAGGUUUCAGGUGGAUAAAGUCAAUUUUCACAUGUUCGAUGUCGGAGGCCAGCGAGACGAGCGCAGAAAGUGGAUCCAGUGCUUUAACGACGUCACUGCGAUCAUAUUCGUAGUCGCCAGCAGCAGCUACAACAUGGUUAUACGAGAGGACAAUCAGACCAACCGGCUGCAGGAAGCCCUCAAUCUCUUCAAGAACAUUUGGAACAACAGGUGGCUGAGGACCAUUUCUGUAAUUCUAUUCCUGAACAAGCAGGAUUUACUGGCAGAGAAGGUGCUGGCAGGAAAAUCCAAAAUCGAGGAGUACUUUCCAGAAUUCGCUCGCUACACUACACCCGAUGAUGCAACACCAGAGCCAGGCGAGGACCCCCGCGUGACGAGGGCCAAGUAUUUCAUUCGGGACGAGUUUCUGAGAAUCAGCACAGCCAGCGGGGACGGACGGCAUUACUGCUACCCUCACUUCACAUGCGCGGUGGACACAGAAAACAUCCGCAGGGUGUUCAAUGACUGUCGGGACAUUAUUCAGCGGAUGCACCUUCGCCAGUACGAGUUGUUGUGAUGGGGGUGGAAGGCGCUUGUUUCUGUUCUUUUUGGGACUCCUUAUUCCUCAUUUUAAAGUAAAUAAGACAAAACAACAAAUACAAAAAAAUAAUAAUAAAAAACCCGCCGAAACCAAACUAUAUUGCUCACACACCGCAGUGGAAACAGAACUGCUGUCUUUUCUGCAGACCGGACCACCUACUCUUCAUGACCUCCCUCCCCUCUCCACAGGUUCAGAGAGAAUCGCUCGCUUGCCCUUCCUCCUCCUCCUCCUCCUCCCUCCCCUCCUCAGUGCAAGAAGGCACCAAAAAAAAUUACUUUGUGACAGCCAUGUCUGUAUUAAUUCUUUUAACAUUGAUUAACAAAUAUAAAGAGAAACGAAACAAAAAAACACGUUCUGAAGGUGUGUGGAGUUCCUGGAAGGUUCUGGGAUUGAUGACAGAAGACAAGAGAAAGGAACUAAUGAACCAGCGAGGGUGUGAGAUUUCAGAGGGAAAGGAAAUCCGGACACUGAUAAGGAGUCCGUUUCCCUGGGCGCCCUUGCAUUAACUAAACGAAUGAUCUACAUUGAACUGCUCAAUCUGCUCUCUGCACUGAGAGCAGCCCUCGCAUUAACACACUAGCAAGCAAGCAAGCCCGUCGGUAUUGAACUGCUCUGUCUGCGCUCUGCACUGAGAUCAGAGGCACGUGCCAAGUUGUCAAGAGACUAUGAUGAAGACAAGCCUGUAUGUUUGAUUCCUGGGGCCCUGCAUUGGGGUGGGGGGCUAACAACAACAAUCAAAUACAAAGAGAUAACUGACAUUUCUUCAGAGGUUCGGACAGUGCAAAAAACAAAACCACCAGUCCCAGCUUUCUUUUUUUUUUUUUUU